UCAAACAUUACCGGUGGCGCCGGUCAACGGUCGAUAAACCUCUUUCUAAAGCUAUCUCUCUCUUGCUGGGUCAUUCAAUUUUGUGGAAGAGCUUCUUGGUUUCUCUGAAUUUUUUUACCUCUACUUGGUCUAAUCCAAAGAAGCUGAAUUUUUUUAAAUUUCUUUUUGGAGAAUUUUGCUUUUUAAUUUCUGGGUGCUUUUUUCAAGCUUAAAAGGAAAUGGCACAGCAACGAACUCAUGUACCGAAAUUUGGCAAUUGGAACAGUGGAGACAAUGUUCCAUAUACAGCAUAUUUUGACAAGGCACGGCAAGGCCGAACCGGAACAAAGAUGAUAAAUCCAAAUGACCCUGAAGAAAAUUCAGAUUUAGUUUUUGAUAAUUCAUCAUCUGAUCACCUUCUUCCUUCCCAAUCCAAACCGAAAGUUGAUUCAGAGGAUCCAUCUGGAAAGGGAUCAGCGCGAUCAUCAAAUGAGUUGCAUAAGAGUCUAAAAGACGGUGAUCCUAAGAACUAUGUUAACUCUCCAGCUCGUCAAGACAAUGUAAGCAAUAAGAAUGCCAAUGAUUCUACGCCUCGUGUUGGAGUAGGUUCUGCUGAUAACCGACGAAGACCUUCAAGACAAAAUACUGGGUCUGAGUACAGCGUUGAUCGAUCACCCCUUCAUCGCCAAGCUAGAGCUCCUGGCAGAGAUAGUCCCUCAUCAGAAGGAAAGAAUUCCUAUGACAGCAGCCAUGGUAUACCGGGAAGAUCCCGGUUAAGACCUGCUAAUCGAGUGGAUGAAACUCCUGAUAAAGGUGCUGCUGUUCCAAAGUUCGGGGAGUGGGAUGUGAGUAACCCUGCAUCAGCUGACAGCUAUACUCACAUUUUCAACAAAGUGAGAGAAGAGAAACAAGGCGGGGCCGGAUAUGCACCCGGAACACCUAACGAGAGGCCGCAUGUUAUCCGCAGGCAACCUGCAAAUGGCAAAGCACAGUGUUGCUGCUUUGCUUGGGGCAAAAAAUGACUUGUUUGGAAAGUUUGAAUUCUAAGAAGGUGAAAAAUGGUGUUGUGAAUGUUCAUGAGGUGUGUGUAGCAGCACUUGUAAAUAUUCAAGGUUCUGUCUCCUUUAGCGAAGACAUCAUUGAAUUAUAACUACAUUGUGUUCUUUCUUUUUUUUACGUGUAUGUCUUUCUUUGGAAUGUGCUUAUAGCAAAGACACUUUGCAUGCAAAGAAGAUUGUGAUUUUAAAUUUUUGGCCUUUUGUUGUGGUACUGUUAUGAUCUUAUGAUUCAAAUUAACUGUAUUUAUCCAAGAUAUAAGAGAUUGGUUAUAUAAUUCUUUUCCAAUGAAUUUAUGGCUUGUGAUUCAAGUUAUACUGUGUUGAAGUCAAUGUUGAACUUGUGUAUUUUAUACAAAGGAUCUUAUUAUGACCUUA